AUGGACAGCAGUCUUGUUAAUACUAUUCUUCAAGGACUUGACGACAAUGCUGAUGAGGUCCCAUCAUUGUUCCCGAAUGACCAGCUCCCAUAUUCCGAGGAGGACCAGCCCGCAUCUUCCCUGGAGAACCAGUCCCCAUCUACACAGGAGAACCAGUCCCCAUAUACACAGGAGAACCAGUCCCCAUAUACACAGGAGAACCAGUCCCCAUAUACACAGGAGAACCAAUCCCCAUAUACACAGGAGAACCAAUCCCCAUAUACACAAGAGAACCAGUCCCCAUCUACACAGGAGAACCAGUCCUCAUCCUCUGAGGGGAACCCGUUUCAAACAGGGUCUUCAGAGGAGAACGCUCCCCCAUCUACCCAGGGGAACCAGUCACCAUCUAAACAGGAGAACCAGUCCCCAUCUACACAGGAGAACCAGUCCCCAUCUAUACAGGAGAACCAGUCCCCAUCUAUACAGGAGAACCAGUCACAAGCAAGGUAUACUUAA